CACGUCAAUCGAGUUGGAAAGAAAAUUGGCAUUGGUUUGGAAGUCCAGCGACGGUGGUUGUUACAUAUUGCCAAGUGAAUGUCCUAUAGCUGAGCAUUAGUUACUAUUUUUCAUCAUACAAGAAUAGUUAAAAAUGAAGUUUUUAUAUUUAACUUUCUUAAUUUUACCAGCUGCGUUACUGUGCUUCCAUAGUGCAAACACUAUCCUAGCUCAUGCAGAGGAGGAUGAGCUAGAUGAUGUGGUGGACAUUGAAGGUGAAGACAGCCAGGUAGUGGGUGAGGAUGCUCUCGGAGAUGAUGAUGAUUCUGUUGUUAAGUCCUCUGAAGAUAUUGACACCACCAUACUGUUCACUAAGCCUAUACCUAAUUAUGGUGAUAAUGCAUUUGACCUACAAGCCGGAUACCCAGUUGAGUUCCUGGUUGGUUUCAUCAACAAGGGCAAUGAGGACUUUUUGGUUGAGACAAUGGAAGCCUCAUUCAGAUAUCCUCUGGAUUACACUUAUUACAUCCAGAACUUCACCGCUUUGCCGUACCACAGAGAAGUGAAGCCAAAGGAAGAAGCUACCUUUGCAUACUCUUUCAUACCUAGUGAGGCAUUUGCGGGCAGGCCCUGCGGAUUGAACAUUCAGCUGAACUACAGAGAUGCUAGUGGCAAUUAUUAUCAGGAGGCUGUAUACAACCAGACAGUGAACAUAGUUGAAAUAUCUGAAGGUUUAGACGGAGAGACAUUCUUCCUGUAUGUGUUCCUUGGGGCAGCGUGUGUGCUCAUCUUGGUGUUAGGUCAACAAGGACUGUCUUCGCUCGCGCGCCGUCGCUCCCCUCGCGCUGCGCCCAAACCCCUCGAGACUGGCACCGCUAAUGAUGUAGACUAUGACUGGCUGCCUAAAGAAGUUGUUAAUCAGCUCAAAAAAUCCCCGAAGACACCUAAACAAUCUCCUCGCAUGAGGAAAGCAAAGAGAUCUGCCGGAGAUGAUUAAAUAUUAAAAUAUAA